UCACUUGGCUGUGGCGGCCCAGGCGCCCUUCUGGUUCUCCCCACCGACAACAUGCUCCAGUUCCUGCUUGGAUUUACUUUUGGCAACGUGGUGGGAAUGUACCUGGCUCAGAACUAUGACAUACCAAACCUGGCUAAAAAACUUGAAGAGAUUAAAAAGGACCUUGAAGCCAAGAAGAAACCCCCUGGCUCCUGA